CUACUUCCGGUUCAAGCAAGGAAGUUUGCGGUAUCUAUGAAAAGCUCAGGGAACGAAGAUUAAUCUUUGUUAAUUUUUUUAUUUCAAUUAUUUGAAUUCUCAUGCAGCCUUAGAUGCUUAUUGUCUGUCUCUGACAUGGAUAUUGGGUUGAAAAGGCAGCAAGUCAGUUUGUGGCUGGAACAAUUGUAUGGUGAUGAAGUUGUACCUGAGUUUGAGCUGAAUGCUGACACAAUCUCCCACCUGUACCAACUCUCUACUCUAUGUAAAAAAAAUGACAAAAAUGUACAGUUACUUAUUGAUGACUUACAACAAAAAUGUGAAGAAUACAAUGCUGAAGCUCAGCGUUUAGCUGCUGUUCUGGGUCGUCUAAGCCUUGGACAAGAACAAUUUUCACAGUCUGGCUCCAGCAGUCUUUUGACUCUUGCAAAGCUCGGUGGAUCUCUUCAUGUAAAAGAUGCCUCAGAAACCAGCUAUUUCUUGGCAUUACAAGAACUGGAUGCUGAACUGGACCGUGUGGAAGAACAGCGGAGGGAGGAGGCAAAGCGUCUUAAGCAACUUACUGAGAAAUCACACACUGCCAUGGUCAAAGUCAACUCUCUGUGCAAAGCUUUUGAACUUGUAAGGCAGAGGACUGCUAUGGAAGUUCCACUAAUUGAAAAAAGGAGAAAUGACACGUUGUUUUUCAAGAAGAAAACUAAAGCGUAUGCAAUCGACUUGGCAAAACUUCAAACAAAUCAAGACAAAAUAGACCCUUCAGUGACGCAUGACAAGCUAGUCGAAGAAUCUGAGAGACUACAAAAGAUGAAAGCUGAUCUUGCACCCCUGAAAGAAGAGCUACAAUCAUACUUAUGUCUUCCCCCUGACUUAUCCGAAACAAAGAUCUUGAUAGAGCAGAAGAAACGAGAACUGAAUCAACUCGAGAAGGAGUUCGCCAAGAGUGUGGAUGUCAAUUUCACUUGAAGGCCUCUCUGUGUGCCUGCUGUUUAUGUCUUAGGUUCUGUCUCUGAGAGCCUUAUAAAUGAUAUAUCAUCAUUGUCAUGUCUGAACCUCUGUCUGCUUUGUAAUAUGAUAUUAGAGAUACAAAGUCUGGUUAUCACAAUGGUGAUAUGGGACUCAGUGCUUCACAGGCAGAUGACGGUUCAGCUCGCAAUGGUCUCUCUGUAGAUGUCUUCAUUCCUAUCGUUGCUCAGUCACGGGCAUGCUGUACACAAACAUCUUGCCUUUAUGUGUCGGCAGGAAGUGCACUGUAUAAAUUUGUACAUUGCAGGACUAAAUCUAUAUUUGUAAUUUAAAAAGUGUCUGCAUACAGAUACAGCACACACAGGAGAUGUAUUGAUAAUGCUUAAAAACAAAACAUGUCUGUAUUUUACUGCCAAAGUUUAGUUUCAUGUACUGUUCAAGAUAUUUCUCUGUAAAAGAUAGGUUUGUACUCAGCAAGAACUUUGUAAAAUAGUUAAAACUGUCUAAGAAAAGGUAGUGCUUUGUUAGUUUGAGGAAAAAAUAUUUUGUUGGGUUUUUUUGUGUGUGUGUCUUCUAAUAGUAAUAGGGACCAAUAGCUGUAUUUGUACUUGAUUAUCAAUAUAAAGUACAGCAUAGCUGUCAUAGUAACUCUUCAAAGGCUGGGUCUAGGAUGCUUUCUCUGCUGAUGUUAUGUGUUCAGUUUCAAAGUGCAUUGUCGGGUUUGCAUUUAAUGUUUUGUCGUGCAACUGGUCAAAAUGAGCCUAGAGUUGAAUAGUGUUCUUUGCAAAUGACUUGUGUAGGUCUUUUUUUGCAUAUUGAGAACCUUUUCUAAAGGUGCUUCUACUUUAAGCAAAUGAACAAGCAUAAGAAAUAUAAAUGCAAGGUUCUACAACAAUUUCUGUUUGUAGAGCAGUUUUACAGCUUUUUUUUUUUUACCCCUGAACUUGAAUUUAAUUUUAUUGUGUCUAACGCAAGAUAACAAGGUCUAUUUUGUUUUCUGUUGAAACUGUUUGUUGAGACACAUACUCAGCUGUGAAAAGUUUGAAAAUUAGUGAGCGCAGAAGAAUCACAAAUAAUGAGAAAUGGGACGUGUUCAUGUCUGUGAUCUGGAUUAUACCUCUUCAGUGUCAUGCCCAAUUCAUCAUGUUGAUAGUUUGGGGCUGGGAGUGGAAAGGGUCUGUUUGGGAUUUAUGACUAGAUAAAAUCAGUUUUAUAUUCUAUGUAUGUACUAUUACUACUAUUCUUUACUUCCAGCAAACCUGAAGGUUUUAUUAUUGUUUCCUGUCCUAGCACAGUUGUGUUGCGUAGGUUUGAGUUUGUUUUUUUAAACUGUGACGAGGAAUUGACUCUGUGUCUAGUGACUCGUGUUUGGAUAGUUGUUUUACGAAGUAGAAAUUGAGUUUUCUAGUUGUUACUUGGUUCAGGGCUAGCUCCUGAAAUGUUGUGAAGGAAGGUACAGAUGUGUGUGUAUGAGUAUGAGAGAGAGAGAGAGAGAACCCCACUGUUGAUUGUUAGUGCUGACAAAAGAAUGUUGAUGCUUGUACUUGUAUCUUAAUGGUAAAGGAUUUAAUUGGUUUUAAGCAUAUUCCUGUCAUUAUGCUUGAAAAUGUGUUUGUGGUAUCAUGUACAGAUAAUAAAUUUAUACUUGUUGAGUUCCAUGCCAUAA